GGGGCCGCCAUCGUCUGCGCCUGCGCCUGCGCGGGGCAUCGCUCCUCCUCCCCCGCGCGCCGACCGCAGGCGCCGGGCCUUUGUCUAAGCCGGUUCGUCUCUGAGGCGGCCGUGGGUCCAGGUCGGGCUCCUCUCUCGGAGUCUGCGCCAUGGAUGGGGCUUCAGCCUCCUUCCUAUGUACCGUCCUGCUACUUCCUCCCCGGCGGGCGCCGCGGCUCCGUGCCCCUCCGCGAACUGUGGAGUCGGCGGAGGGCUGGAAUCAGCGUGGGCUCCAGGUCGCUGGCAGCCGGGUGGCAGAACUCUUCCGAGGCUCCUUGGGAAGAAGCUACACCCGAGGGAGCCGGAUGGGCCUCGAAAACCUGGCCCGCUCUGGUUCUGUACCAUUGCAAGGGGAGCCGUAAACUGAGCUUUUCUAACGUGGGUUUCUGCCAAGUACUUUUCCAGCUGCCCCCUUCCCCCCAGCACACAGGAGAGCCUCUGUGUAGCCAGCGCUUGACAGUCGUUAGGUUCAGUGUAUCUUUGCCUGCCUACAUCAAUCUGCAAGGGAGUUGCAGAAAGCCUCAUGUUCAUCGAGCCGAGACGAAACCAGACAGAGGGUCAAGUUUACAGAUGACCGUGUCUGCAAGAGUCACCUUCUGGACUGCUGCCCCCAUGACAUCCUGGCUGGGACGCGCAUGGAUUUAGGAGAAUGUACCAAAAUCCACGACUUGGCCCUCCGAGCAGAUUAUGAGAUUGCAAGUAAAGAAAGAGACCUGUUUUUUGAAUUGGAUGCAAUGGAUCACUUGGAGUCCUUUAUUGCGGAAUGUGAUCGGAGAACUGAGCUCGCCAAGAAGCGGCUGGCAGAAACACAGGAGGAAAUCAGUGCGGAAGUUUCUGCAAAGGCAGAAAAAGUACAUGAGUUAAAUGAAGAAAUAGGAAAACUCCUUGCUAAAGCCGAACAGCUAGGGGCUGAAGGUAAUGUGGAUGAAUCCCAGAAGAUUCUUAUGGAAGUGGAAAAAGUUCGUGCGAAGAAAAAAGAAGCUGAGGAAGAAUACAGAAAUUCCAUGCCUGCAUCCAGUUUUCAGCAGCAAAAGCUGCGUGUCUGCGAGGUCUGUUCAGCCUACCUUGGUCUCCAUGACAAUGACCGUCGCCUGGCAGACCACUUCGGUGGCAAGUUACACUUGGGGUUCAUUCAGAUCCGAGAGAAGCUUGAUCAGUUGAGGAAAACUGUCGCUGAAAAGCAGGAGAAGAGAAAUCAGGAUCGCUUGAGGAGGAGAGAGGAGAGGGAACGGGAGGAGCGUCUGAGCAGGAGGUCGGGAUCAAGAACCAGAGAUCGCAGGAGGUCACGCUCCCGGGAUCGGCGUCGGAGGCGGUCAAGAUCUACCUCCCGAGAGCGACGGAAAUUGUCCCGGUCCCGGUCCCGAGAUAGACAUCGGCGCCACCGCAGCCGUUCCCGGAGCCACAGCCGGGGACAUCGUCGGGCUUCCCGGGACCGGAGUGCGAAAUACAAGUAACUACUCUGACUCCUUCGGUAGCUGCAACCAGGAGUUCUCCAGAGAGCGGGCAUCCAGAGAGGAGUCCUGGGAGAGCGGGCGGAGCGAGCGAGGGCCCCCGGACUGGAGGCUUGAGAGCUCCAACGGGAAGAUGGCUUCACGGAGGUCAGAAGAGAAGGAGGCCGGCGAGAUCUGAACCCGUCUCCCGGGUGCUGUAAAUAGUCUGAUAAACGUUCACACAGUCUAAAAUUACCCUUUAUAUUUGCUGAAUACAACUCAUCUUUUGUAGUUUAAAAUUUCUAUUGUUUUGGAGCUAGCUGUGAGUUUCUAGAAGUGUACAGAGUUGCUCCUGUGUUCCGGGGUCAUGUUGAGUAGGAAUAAAUAAAUCUGAUGCUGCCUCCUGA